CAAGAACCGCUUGGCUUGACUGCUCUUCACGUGGGCGACUUCCUGGGGGCGGGGGGCCCCGAUCACGUCGAAGAUCAAGGUCAGCUGAUGGACGAAAUUUUUCCCAGGGAAGAGAGGCUUCCGUCCCAGCAACUCGGCGAAAAUGCAGCCGACAGACCACAUAUCCACUGCGUAGUCGUAGAGGCCGUCG